CUUUUCCACAGGCACCAUUGCAGACGGGUUGGAGAGUGAAUUUUCUUUUGGUGUUGUACAGCAUUAAUUCCAGUACAAGCCAAGGAUGGAAGCUAUCGUUGGGCCGCUCAAGUGGUUUUACCAUGAGUUCGGUGUUGCAUCGAUAUACGAAACUGGCCGAAAUGCCUGGCUUAUCAUCCUAGCCCGAUCAUUGCGGAUGAUCGCAUACGGUGCCAAUUCACUAAUACUUGCCAUCUUCUUCUCAGCCCUCGAAUUUUCGGAUCAUCAAAUCGGGUUGUUCAUGACUUUGACAUUGCUUGGCGAUGUUUUCCUAGGCACACUUCUUACUCUCAUUGCCGACAAGCUUGGCCGGCGUAGGGUCUUGCUUGCUGGUUCGUUUUUGAUGGUGUUUAGUGGCGUGAUGUUUGCCGUUUUCGAGAACUUCUGGGUUCUCCUUUUGGCUGCUAUCGUGGGGGUGAUAAGCGUGACGGGUGGUGAUUUCGGGCCGUUCCGGAGUAUAGAAGAGUCAAUACUGUCUCAGCUCACCACCCCUUCGACCAGGUCUGAUGUGCUGGCUUGGUACGUCACUAUAUCGACCGUGGGCUCGUCUCUGGGUAGCGAGGCUUCUGGUCGGAUUAUCCGAACGCUUGAAGUCAAGGAUGGGUGGACAACUGUGGAUGCAUACCAUGCUAUAUUCUGGGUGUAUGCAGUUAUGGGUAUCGUCAAUGCGCUAUUGACUCUGCUGAUGACCGAGGCUUGUGAGCUUGAAGACGAGAAGGACUACGUUCAAGUCCCGCAAAGUGAGGGUCAAAGUGUUGGAACUCAGCAAUCUCAAUUAGCGGCGCCUGAAACGGUUCAAGCACAGCGGAACUGGUUCAUCCGAUCUAUUAAUUGGCUCUCUUCCCGACUGGCUCAGAUCUCAGCGCCGACUCGGUCCGUCAUGUACAAGCUUUGGUUCUUGCUUGCGGUCGACUCUCUAGCAGACGGCAUGGUCCCCUACUCGAUGACAAAUUACUAUAUGGACGUCACCUUUCACCCCAGCAAGGCCACACUCGGUGAUGUUCAAUCCAUUGCUUAUUUCCUGGGCGCCAUCUCUUCGGUGUUCGCUGGACCACUGGCUCGUCGGAUUGGUCUCAUCAACACGAUGGUGUUCACGCAUAUACCGUCUUCCGCCGCCGUUGUUUUAUUCCCAUUUCCGCCAGUCUUCUGGCUGUCGGCAGUCCUCCUCUUUGUGAGGGCAGGCCUCAACAACAUGGAUCAAGCCCCACGUACGGCGUUCAUCGCGGCAGUGGUCAAGUCCGAGGAGAGAACAGCAGUCAUGGGCAUUACCAGUAUGCUACGAACUCUUGCCGCCAUGGCGGGGCCGACGAUCACUGGUGUCCUGGCGGCGGACAACAAAUUUUGGAUUGCAUUUGUGGUUGCUGGUAGCUGCCGCCUGGCAUAUGACCUUGGCCUGUAUGCUAUGUUUGUUAACAUGAAGUUGUAUCAGCAUGAAAACAAUGCCGGCGAGGCGGGAAGCGAUACUUCACGCGGAAGGAGGGAACUAGAUGAGGAAGAGACGCUUGAGAUGGCUAGUCUCGCUGACUCAGAUAGUGAUUUUGGAGACGACGGGAAAGAAGGACCUCUCGCUCCUCAGACGUCAACGAAGGCGUCUUUAGGCGUUCCAAGGCAUGAAACAGUCAGAAGCCGAAGUCCGCAUAGUUUGAGGCGCGGUUCUUGA